AGCAUGAAGAAGUGGGAAGAACAGAGGAAGUUAUUGAUACAUAAGAAGAAGGUUAAGGCUGCUAAGCCUAUAGUUAAGACUACUAAUGCAGGGACUAAACUGGCAAGGAAGAAGACUUGUGGGAAGUCAGCAAAUGAGUCUCCCAAUAGGAUUUUAGUAGCGAACACUACGUCUAAUACCUUUGGAGAUGGAGUGAAACUAAGUCAGAGAAGUAAGCCUAAUAUUGGGGUAGCAAAGAAGCAGAAUGUAACUGGGCUAAAUUUCAACCCUAAAGAAAAGAAGGAAGAGUUGCAAGGAGCUGCCUUAAAGCAGACUUUUGGAACAAUGGAUUUUUCAACAAGGAAUAAAUUAAAUCAUCAAAUUAUCCAGAAUUUGAAUCUUAAUAGUGAAGUUACACUGAGUGAACUCUCAGAUCAACAUGUUAACAAGGAAGAUGCAGAUAAAGUUAUGAAGAAGGUAUUUCCACCAGAAGAGUAUGGAUACUCAGCUAUUACAGCACUUGAACAGCUUGAAAACCGGGAUUCUGUAACUCCCCCGAAAGAUGAUUAUUAUAAUGAAGUGAAUGCAUUAGUGUCUCAGUACACAAGUGGUAAGAAAUACUCAGCUAGGCAGACUCAGAACUCAUUCUUAGCUCACCUUGAGGAGCAGAAAGCCCAGGAACAACUUGCUCGGCUACAACUAGAAAUCGAGGAGGACAAGCGUCUCCAAGAAGAGCACCUCAAACUGCAAGAGAAAGUCAAAAUCCAGCGCAAAAAGAGACAGUUGAGUAAAAAGAAGGAGCAGGAACAAAAAUCCAAGCAACAAGAAGCAGAGCGAUCCAAAGCUCGUGAGGCUCGUCUCAGAAGAAUCGAAGAGACGAAGAAGAAGACCGAAGAGAGGAACAAAUAAGAUCAUUGCCCAAAAGAAAAGAGAAGAAAGGAAGAAGCAAAAGCAGCAGGAGAAGGAACAACUUGAGCAGAGAGAGAAAGAAACCGAAGAACAAGUAGUAAGGAUGAAAAGCCAGAAUGUAAGCUCAGGGUUCAGCCCUGUAUUGGAUGAGAAAACCAAAGAUAGUGAAGAAAUAAAAGAUGAUUACAAUUUUAAUAAUAUUACUAAUAAUGAGAAAACCUCAAAACAAGAGGAAGAGGAAAAUAAACUUAGUGAUCAUAACUUGCCUUCAGAAGACCCAGAAGAUGAUAAUGAAGGAGAGUUUGAGAAACCUGCAAAGUCAUCCCCAAUACUGGAUAAGGCGACCAGAGACCGGUUGAUAAAAUAUGGGCAAAGUUUAGACUCUAAACAACUCGCUGAUGCGUUAGGAUACAUCGAUCUUCGACUAUUAUGUCGCUGAUUUUCCCGUGCGAUCAUGAAGCACAUACAGUUUAGUAGAGGAUACCUGUUCAUGGAUGACCUCAAAAUGGCAGAUGAUGUUUCUGAACUAGAUUUCACCUAUAAUCUAGGUGAUAAAAUGAGAAUGGAUGUCAACAAGCAAGGCAGAGAUGAAGAUAGUGAGAAAAUCAAAAACAAGAAUUUCAGCAAUCUUAAAAAGCUCAUGGGAGGGCCAGAGGAAGAAAAAGGCAGAGUCUUUGAUUAUGAAAUCCCUGAAGAGAUCACCUUUAAGCAGCCUGAAAAAACGUUGAAUGAAGAAAAUCUAGAAGAUAAUAAAUUUGAAACUUUUGGGCAAACUGACCCAAUGGUCGCCUCCUUAAAUAGGACUCUUGCACAUAAAGAAACUCUUAAAAGCUCAAUGAUGUCCAGCAAUGCUGGGAAUAAUACUUUAGGAGACUCUCUGGCUUACUCCCAGACUGCUGGCACAAUGCUUAAAAAUAGUAUCCAGAAGGUUCCAAUGGAAGUAAUCCAGAGUGAAGAUGAUGAAGGCUCCUCUCAGAUUAGUGGCAAAAAGGGACCUGUUGAGGAAGAAGAUGAUGACAUGGACAGAUUUGAAGACAUCGACCUUAAGACAGUCUCUAUGGAGUCAGUACAUGCUACUCCUAGUAAGAAGAAGCUUCAGAAGCCGAUUUUAUCUCCUGAAGAAGUUGAAGAGAUCAGAAAGCAGAAAGAGCAAGAAGCUGAAGAGAAAAGGAAAAGGGUUGAAGAAUACACUCAGAAAUGAAGAGAAAUUAUUGAAAGAGGGGAUAAUGAAAAAGAAGAUUUUGAUAACGCAGUCAUAGAAUCAGGCAUCUUCGAAAGUGCAGAAGUACUCGACAUGACUUCAAAAGUAGGAUUUAGUGGGUAUAUUGAGACCCAGAUGCUGAAAUAUCACCCAAAUUAUGACUUCGAUCUUGAUAUGAUGACCGGAGAUCUUGAAUGAAACUCUUCAUUUGAAUUAGCAAAGCACUUUAAGGAUGAAUGCCCUCACUUAGAUGAAAUAUAUUACUAUACAAAGUAUGUAGUGAUAUCGUCGAAAAUGGAAAAGGAAAUCCCUUUGAUGGCUUUAGCUUACAUCGAACGCUUGCUCACCAAACUUGGGAUAUUGGUGAACCACUGGAAUUGGAGAAGAAUAAUUCUAACCACUUUAAUAGUCGGAUCUAAGGUAUGGGAUGAUGACUCCUUGGAGAAUGUUCAUUUUCCUAAAGUUAUGCAUGACACAAGUCUCAAGGAAAUAAAUAAUUUAGAGAAGAUAUUCUUAGAAUUUAUCGACUUCGAUCUAGCAAUUAAGGGAUCUGAUUAUGCAAAGUAUUAUUUCAUCAUAAAAUCAUUAUCUGAAACUGAGGCAGAAGCAGGAAGAUUCGAUCUAGAUCCCCUUCCUGUUGAGAAGAUCAAAAAGUUAUCAAAAAGUGAAAAAGCAGAAGAAGUAUUGAGAGAAAUCUAUAGAAAAGGAGGGAAAGACUUUUCAAGUUCUAUAUAAUCUUUGGUCAAGGUUAAACUUUUCAAUUUA